AUGAGUGGCGCGACGGAGCUGGCUACCGCCAGCGAUGGACCGUCGCAGGAUGGAGGCCUGGUCGUGGAGCGACACGACCAGUACUCCGCGACCUGCAAGUGGACGGUCCCACGAGCUAACGACUCGCGCAGCCGGGCGCUGUGGAGCAAGUACUUUGAGGUCGGGGGCUUCGACUGCCGGCUUCUCCUCUACCCGAAAGGUGACUCGCAAGCGCUGCCCGGAUAUCUUUCGAUAUACCUCCAGGUCACGGAUCCCGGGGGAAACUCGUCAAAAUGGGACUGCUUCGCUUCCUAUCGCCUCGCGGUGGAGAAUCAGCGGGACUCCACGCGCUCAGUAGUUCGAGACUCCUGGCACCGGUUCUCGGCGAAGAAGAAAUCGCACGGCUGGUGCGACUUCACCCCUAGCGACCAGGUCUUUAGCAAGAAGGACGGCUUCAUGGUCGGCGACUCGAUCGUCGUUUCCGCACAGAUCCUGAUCCUCGCGGAGCACGCGUCCUUCGUGAAGGACGACACGAUGGCCGUCGGCGCGUCGGCCACGAGCGGCGAGGUGCUGUCGGGCAAGUUCACGUGGCGCGUGCACAACUUCCCGCUGUUCCAGGAAAUGAUCCGGACGCAGAAAAUCAUGUCCCCGCUCUUCCCGGCCUCGGAGUGCAACCUCCGCCUGUCCGUCUACCAGUCGGUCGUCGCCGGGUCGGACCACCUGUCGAUGUGCCUCGAAUCCAAGGACGGGGAGCGCGCCAACGUGCCGGAGAAGACGUGCUGGUGUCUGUUCCGCAUGACGGUGCACAACCAGGAGGACCCGAAGAAGCACAUGCACCGGGACAGCUACGGGCGGUUCACGUCGGACUCGGCCUCGGGCGACAACUCCUCCCUCGGGUGGAACGACUACAUGCCCAUGAGUCAGUUCCUGGACCCCUCCCUGGGGUACCUCGUGGGGCAAACGGCCGUGUUCGCGGCGUCGUUCCACAUCAUCAAGGAGACGUGCAACUUCCUCCGCGUCGCGCCCUCCCUCGGCCCGCCCGGGUCCACCCGCGCGAAGGCCAAGCUCGUCGCGGGCGGCGAGACGUUCCAGGGCAAGUUCAUGUGGCGCGUGGAGAACUUCAACAAGCUCAAGGACAUCCUGAAGAAGCGCAAGAUCACGGGCCUGUGCAUCAAGAGCCGCCGGUUCCAAGUCGGCGGCCGCGACUGCCGCCUGAUCGUGUACCCGCGCGGCCAGAGCCAGCCGCCCAUGCACCUGUCGAUGUUCCUCGAGGUGACCGACAGCCGGUGCACGACGCAGGACUGGUCGUGCUUCGUGUCGCACAAGCUCGCGGUCGUCAACCAGAAGGCCGAGGGCGGCAAGUCGGACGUCCACCAGAGCGUCGUCAAGGAGAGCCAGAACCGCUACAGCCGUACGGCCAAGGACUGGGGGUGGCGGGAGUUCAUCACGCUGACGCAGCUGUUCGACCAGGACGCGGGGCUGCUGCUGAACAACACCGUCGUGUUCAGCGCGGAGGUGCAGAUCCUGAAGGAGAGCAGCUCGGUCGACGAGGUGCAGCGCGCCGUCUACUUUGCCGACAACCCCGCGCAGGCGACGCGGCCGUCGCUGCCGCCGACGUUCGGGGGCGACCGGGACCUCCCGCCGCCGCAGAGCCCCUCGCUCGGGCCCGUGGUCGUCUUCACGUGGCGCGUGGAGAACUUCACGGCCUUCAAGGACAUUAUGGAGACGCGCAAGAUCUUCAGCCGGUACUUCCCGGCGGGCGGGUGCGAGCUGCGCCUCGGGGUGUACGAGUCGUUCGACACGCUGUGCGUGUACCUCGAGAGCGACGCCGCGGCCGCGGGCGCCGGCGCGGGGCAGCAGGGCGGCGCGGCGGCGCCCCCCGAGGGCGCGCUGGGCAACUACUGGCUGCGGUACCGCAUCGGGCUGGUCAACCACAAGAACAGCGAGAAGACGCUGUGGAAGGAGAGCUCCAUCUGCACGCGCAACUGGAACAACUCCGUCCUGCAGUUCGUCCGCGUCCCGGAGAUGGUGGACCCCAAGCGCGGCUUUCUGUCCAAGGACUCGGUACACUUCCAGUGCGAGGUGAUCGAGGUGCACCCGUGGGAGGAGUGCUUCUCGGACCUCGCGUCCGAGGACGACGCGAUCGGCGAGGGCGCCGGCCCGGGCGUGCACGACGACGCGGGCGGGGUGUCGAGCAGCGCGCACGCCUGCGGGGUGGCCGCCGCGAUGCUCGCGGGGCCGUCCGCGCCGUCCGCGGUCGCGGCCGUGCUCGAGGGCGGCGUCGCCGCGGCCGCAGCGGCGCACGGCGGCGCCGGCGCGCGUCGGCAGAGCGAGCCGAUAGGCAAGGAGGACUUGCUCCAGCAGCUGUUUGCCAAGGCGGGGCUGCAGGGCGGCGGGGACAGCCCCGUGCUGGACCCCAAGGCGCUGCAGACGACGCUCCGCGACAAGAUCCUGAUGGACACGAGCGCGGUCGCGUCGUUCCUGGCCGGCCUGCGCGUGUACCUAGACGACCCUUCCAAGGUGCAGCGGCUGCUGAUGCCGGGAGUGGCGCAGGAGGGCGGCGGCGCGGGCGGGGCGGUGGCGGCCGGGGGCAAGAAGGCGGGCGGCGGCGGCGGCGGCGCUGGCGCGGACGGCCAGUCGCCGCUGAACCUGAUGAACCUGCUGGUGGGCGUCAAGAUGCUGCAGCACGCGAUCGUGGAUUUGCUGCUCGACAUCAUGGUGGAGUGCUGCCUGGACGCGCAGAACUCGGCGCGCGUGAUGUCGGCGAUGCAGCAGGAGGCCGGCGACGGCGCGGGGCCGCGGGACGGGGACGCGGGCGGGUCGGACGACGGGACGUCUGAUGAUUCGUCCGCGGGCGGCGAGGGCGCGAGCGAGCUCGCGCAGCGGCUCGCCGCGGACGCCGCGUCGCCGGGGCAGCAGAGCGAGACGCUCCUGCGGCUGAUUAUCCACUCGCUGCGCACGCUGGACACGUACGCCGUGCAGGCGUCGCAGCUGCCGCUGCCGCCCCGGGCGCCGCGGCCGCCGAUGGCGCACCGCCUGGCGUCGCUCCUGCAGUCGGCGCCGCGGUCGCUGCUCUCGGACAUCCUGCUGCUCGUGCCGAAGCUCGUCGACGCGUCGGAGCACGGGCAGGCGGCGCGCUGCCUGUGCGAGUGGCUGGCUUCUGGGGACCACGAGCUCGCGGACAGCCCGAAGACCACGCCGGCCGCCGAGUUCGCGGACGCCGCGAACGGCGACGGGCGCGCCGCGAGCGGGUCGGAGGACGGGCUGAUCGUGGAGGUGGGCGCGAGCAGCGUCGCGGCGACGAUGGGCGCGCUCAGCCAGCUCACGCUGUCCGCGGAGGCCGCGGAGACGACGAUGCGCGCCGCGCUCGACGCCAUGACGGCGCUCGAGGGCCAGGAGCUGUCCGUUGCGGUCGCGCUCGUGCUCAAGCUCUCGAGCCAGCACCCGUCGCUGGCGGCGCUGGGCGUGCCCAGCCUGCUGCGGGAGCUGAGCCGCGGGGCCGCGGACCGGCCUGGCGCGGAGGAGGGCAUGCGGCUGCUGCGCAUGGCGGUGUCGCAUCACGCGGACAUUGCCCACGCGUUGCUGACGAGUGUUGCAGACAGCAUGGGUGCCAUGGUGGGGCCGUCGACGGACGCGGGGGCCGCGCCGGCGCCCGAGCACCGCGGGGACACGGGGAACGACUGCCGCGACGAGGACGCGGACGCGUCGCCGAUGCCCGCGGAGCCAGAGUCCCCGCGGGUGGUCCCGGAGUCCCCCGCCCCAGCGACGCCGAGCCGGCGUGCCGGCGGCGAGCCGCUGCGGCUGAGCGAGUCCGGCGACGCCAACGCCGACGACGAGGCGCCCGCGAGCGUCGCGCCGGACAGCGGCGACGGCGCACUCCCCCGGGGGAGUGUUGACCUCAUCCUGGACGCACUGAGUCAAGGCCCGGGCACGCUCCCCGCCGCGCUCCGCGCCGUCGAGGCCGCGGUGCUCGCUGGCGCGCUCAGCGAAACCGCCAUGGUCGAAGCCCUCCGCGCCGCCACCGACGAAUCCGCGACGGACCUCCAGGCCGCCAACGCCGACCAGGACGCCGCGGGCGACGGCGCCGGGGCGCCCGGGCCGGCCGCGGACGCUCACCAAGACUCCCUUCUCACCAUCGCCGCGCUGCCGGGCUUCCCGAUCGGCACCUCGGCCACGGGCGUGCAAGGUCUGGCGGGCUCGACGCUCCCCGGCAAGGCGGGCGGCGGCAAGGCGGGCGUUGCCGGGCUGCGGAACGAGGAGGAGACGGCCGCGAUGGUGGCGCUCCGCGCGCUCGGGGCGUCGCUCGGCGUCGGGGACGGCUCCGGGAGCAGCCGGCCGGAGGACGAGGACGGCGCCGGUGACGGCGGCGACGGCGACGGCGACGGCGACUGGGAGGGCUCUGGGUCGGAGGCGGAGCCCGAGGGCACGUGGCCGCUCGCGGCGGACGGCGCGCUGCAGGGCGACGCGGCGGGCGUCGGCGGGGACGCCACCGGCGCGUCUCCGCUGCCGCCGCGCGUCGUGGGCGUGCUGCGGCUCGCGGAGUCGCUGGUGGCGUCCCGCGACGACCGGCUGCAGCGCUUCGGCGCCGCGAUCUACGGCGCGCUGUCGGACGGCGCGGCGGCCCCGGCGCAGCGCGAGGCUGUCCGGUCCCUGGUCAACCUGGCCAUGACGGCGGCGACGAUGGCUGCGCUCCAGCCGGCGUCGCCCGGCGGCGUGGACACGCACGCGCAGAUCGAGGCGUCUCGCAGCGUGCUCGCGCGGGUCGCCACGGCGGUCCCCGGGUGCACCGCGCUGGUCGCGGGGCUGUGCUGCGAGCACAUGUCGGCGAUGGCCGCGAACCUCCGCCGCGUCCACGAGACGAUGCGGAGCUCGGUGCAGGCGUGCGAGGACCGCAUCGCGAGCCUCACGGAGCGCGUGGACGCCGAGGCGGCCGGCCGCCGCGAAGCCACGGAGGCCUGCGCCAAGCUUGAGGCCGAGGUUGACAAGCUGCACAAGCUGCAGGAGCGCUCCGACAAGGCGCGGCACGAGAAGGUGUCGUCGCUGGAGAGCAAGGCCGGCGAGCUCGAGAAGCAGGUCGACUGGCUGCGCAACGAGAAGCAGGACAUGGCCAGUCGCGCGGGCGCCGAGUCCAAGGACAUGCGCGAGCGCAUGAAGGAGCUGGAGCGGCAGGCCGCGAAGCAGCAGCAGGCGCGCGCGAAGGAGGUGCAGAAGCUGACGCGCGAGCGGCAGCAGGCCGAGGACCGCGCGCGUUCGCUGCAGUCGCAGCUCGACAAGGUGCACCGCGUGCACGAGGAGGACACGCGGCGGCUGGAGCGCGAGAAGCGGGACCGCGAGGACCUGCUGAGGAAGCUCAAGGCCGCGGAGGCCAAGGCGAAGGAGCUCGCGGAGGAGAAGGCGGACGCCGAGAAGAAGGGCGCGCAGGCGGCGCAGGCGGCGGCGCAGCACCAGGCGCGCGCGGCGGAGCACGAGCGCGCCGCGAAGGCCGCGCAGCAGCAGGUGCGGGCGCUCGAGGGCCGCUUCGAGGGCCCGGCGCUCGAGCGGCUGCCGCGGGAGGAGCUGCAGGCGCUGCUCGACCGCUCGGCGUUUAUCGUCUCACGGGCGUCCGCGGCGCUCGGGCGGCCGCUGCAGGCGGUGCCGGUGGGCGCGGGCGGCGGGGUCGUGCAGCCGCCGCCGCCGCCGCCGCCGAGCGGGGCACGCCGCGCCGCCGCAGCAGCGGCCCGCGGCCGGGGUGAUCGCUCGCCCGUCAAGCGAGGGAGCGGCGCGGGCGGGCCGUACGCCGCGGCGGCCGCCGGGGCCGCGGUGCCGCCGCCGCCGCCCCGCCGGCGCCCGUGGCGCUGA